AUGGCGACAGACUUCGCUCUACGAUUCUCGGCCUAUCGGGCUCCAGCACAGCCGGGCAACGCAGCGCCCGCGAUCGUGAACUCGAGUAGAAGCCAGGAGCGUAUGCAGCAGCUUAGGCCAGCUGGCGCUGUACACGUCAGCAUAGCGGCAGUGGACGAGGAGCGAACGUCGCAGGAGGAGGAGAGAGGGGAAGGCAGGGGCGCAGAGAGGGGGAGAGAUGCCGGUGGGAAGGUAGAGAGGGAGAAAGCGCCGAAUCAGGCGAAAGCGGAGGUCGCGGGGCAGCAAGAGAAGGAGACGGAUAAGGAGGAGAAGAAAGAGGAGGAAGGAAAGAAAGAAGAGAAAGCAGAGAGAGGAGAGGAAGAGGAGGGCGACGAUCCCGAGGUGGAGGCGGGGUUUAAGAUGUCGCGCGUGUGCGACCGGCUGGUGGACGUGUUCUGGGUGGAGAAGCCCGAGCCCGCGCAGUGGCGCCUGCUGCUCGCCUUCAGCGCCGAGUGGGCGCGCAUCCGCCCGCACUUCUUCGCGCGCGCCAAGCUGCGCGCGCGCGAGUUUGAGGAGCAGGGAAAGCCCGACAAGGCGGCGGAGUUGUAUAGGCUGGCGCGGAGGCUCAAGGAGGUAAGGGACGAAUGUUGUUGGGGUAACGGGUAA